AUGACUCGCACAUAUGAGGAUGCCAUUGUGGCCCUCAACUCUUUGCAGACGAACUAUGCGAUUGUAGAGGCCCUCCGGGCAUCUGUUUCCAGGAAGGAAAUGAACGAGCGCUCCAUUCCAGAGACGGUUGAAUGGCUUCAGCGUAUUGGAUACAAGCCCUCCGACCUUGAUCGGUUGAACCCAAUUCAUGUCGCGGGAACUAAAGGCAAGGGAUCGACCUCGGCUUUUAUUUCCACCAUUCUCUCUCAAUAUGUCCAGCCCCAGGAUACCCUGUCGACACCGCGCUUGCAGAAGGUCGGACUAUACACCUCCCCGCAUCUUCGGUUCGCACGAGAGCGCAUUCAGAUCGACAAUACGCCGCUAUCGGAGCCCCAAUUCGCAAAGUAUUUCUUCGAAGUAUGGGAUCGUCUUGAGGAGGCCGCCAAGCUGGCUGGCCAGGACCCGACCGCGCCAGGAACGAAACCUCAAUAUUUCCGUUACCUGACAUUAAUGGCGUUCCAUACCUACCUGAGCGAAGGUGUAGAUGCAGCAGUCAUUGAGUGCGGCAUUGGUGGGGAGUAUGACUGUACCAAUGUGGUUGAGAAACCGAAGGCGACAGCGAUCACCAGUCUUGGCAUUGAUCACACGGCAAUGCUGGGUACAACAAUUGAGGAAAUCGCAUGGCACAAGGGCGGCAUCAUCAAAUCUGGGGUUCGGGCCUUUACUGCACCCCAGGCUCCCAGUGCAGAGAAGGUGCUAGCUGAGCGUGCUGCGGCGAAGAAUACAUCACUGGAUGUGGUGUCCGUCCACCCCGACCUUCGAGUGGAUAGCACCAAUGUGAAGCUUGGACUUGCAGGUGAUUUCCAAUACACAAACGCAUCUCUGGCCACUGCAGUUGCGGCUGAGUACCUGAGAAAGACCGGUGUGGCAGACAUUCCGGAAGAUAUCAUGACCCAGCCACUCCCUGCCAAAUUCAAGGCGGGUCUAGAGAAGACACGACUUGGUGGACGCUGCGAGACUCGAUUUGAGAAGAAUGUGUCAUGGUAUAUCGAUGGAGGGCACACACUUGAGAGUAUCCGGCUGGCCGGUUCAUGGUUUGCCAAUCGAAUCCAGGAAGACUCGUCCUCCAGUGAUGUGGCCUCGAAGAAGCCCCGAAUCUUGAUCUUCAACCAACAGACUCGGGACAGCACUGCUCUGGCCCGUGCCCUUCAUGAGACUCUUGCCUCAGCUCUUGGCUCCACGAUUCCAUUUACUCAUGCUUUGUUUUGUACAAAUGUCACUUACAAACAAGCGGGAUACCGACCUGACUUGGUCAGUAUGAACACGAAUUCCGAUGAUGUCGACCAUCUCCGGGUGCAAAAGUCACUUGCCGAGGCCUGGACUGCUAUUGAUCCUCAUGCCCAAACACAAGUGUUCGGUACAAUUGAAGAGGCUGUGGACUUUGCCCGGGAUUUAGCCGCGCAAGAACGCAAGGUCCUGCAGAAAGAUGAGGCACCAGUAAUGACCUUUGUCACUGGUAGUUUACACUUGGUUGGUGGGUUUCUUGAUGUGAUCGAAACCAAGCCGUUCUCCGAGGAGGCUUAG